AAUUAGAGCAUAUAUCAACUUUAAAAACACACUUCUUUCUUCUAAUAAAGACGAAGCCCUGCCCACGCAAUGCGAGGGUGGCUGGCUUCAGUGCCGCUAAUCGCGUUGCUGUUUUCCUGUAUAUGGAAGUGUGCGGAUAGCAGCACGGCUGCCAUCGUCUGCUACAACGGAGGCCAGUGCGUCUUCAAUCAGUGUGUGUGCCCUCCUGGUUAUCAUGGCCGGCAUUGUCAAUAUGAUGUGAACGAGUGCGCUGAGAACAAAGGAGGGUGCGCGCAUACCUGCCAAAACACGUUGGGUUCUUACCGCUGCUGUUGUGAUGCCGGCUACCGGCUGGCCGAAGACGGACGAUCUUGUGAAGAUAUUGACGAAUGCAGCAAGCACAACGGCGGCUGCUCCCACACAUGCAGCAACACCGCCGGCUCCUACCAAUGUUUCUGCCUCCGUGGCCAUCUUCGCCUCGACAACUGGACCUGCGCCAGCAGCGAUUAUCUCACGGGAUGCAGAAUCGGCAACGGCGGUUGCCAACACGAGUGCCGACCGCGCCCCGACGGCCCGCAAUGCUCCUGCAGGCCUGGUUACACCCUGACUGCUGACGGUCAGAGCUGCGAAGUGAAGGAUCCGUGUGAUGGAGCUGAGUGCAGUCAUACGUGCGUGCCCAGAAACCGACAAGCUCUGUGUAUUUGCCCCCGAGGCUUCACCCUCGCUGCUGACGACAAGACAUGCGUCUGUCCUGACGAUCUUAUUCCGUCUGAUGACGGAAAAACCUGUGUCUGUCCUGAUGGAUUCAUCCGAAGUUUCGUGCACGGUAAAAAAUGCCAAUGUCCUGAUGGGCUCGAACCUUCGCCCGAAGGAAUGACGUGUGUCUGUCCACGAAACUUGAUACGGCAGCCUGAUGGACAGACCUGCGGAUGUCCUUUUGGUUUCCGCAAAUCUUCUAACAGCAGCGACUGCGUCUGUAAAGAUGGUUUUAUACAGUCACCAGACGGCAAAAGAUGUCUCUGUCCUAAAGGUCUAGCUCUUUCUCUAGACGGUACAGCGUGUGAAGACUUGGACGAGUGUCGAACAACAAACAGCCCGUGCAGUCAACUCUGCAUCAACACGCAUGGUUCUUACGAGUGUUCCUGUUAUCCUGGAUACCGGCUGCGUCCUGACAAGACUACUUGUUACCGUCCUGACAACUGGUGUGCUGGUGACAACGGUGGGUGCGAGCAGCUGUGUCAGCACACGCGGGGCGGCGCCCGCUGCUUCUGUCAGGCGGGCUACGCCCUCAUGCCUGACAACAAAACCUGCAGUGACAUCGAUGAGUGCUCCCACGUACCGCGAGUGUGCCAGCAGGAAUGCAUCAACAGCGCAGGCAGCUACACCUGCUCCUGCGAGAUAGGCUUCACCCUCAGCCUUGACAGAUACUCGUGCAUUGACUACGACGACUACGAUGACUACACCUCAGUGAGUAACCGCGGUGACCAGGACCUUCCCUACAGCCUGCGCGUUACUCACAGACGCACUCAGUUUGAUGACACCACACCGUCCCAUGACCAGAACGUGACCGUGCAUCACACACAGGAAGAAGAACUGUGGGAGAGCGGCAGUGGGCAGCGUCCUGAAGGAAGACGUCGACGUCCCUCGCUGCGACGCAGUAAAGGACGCACGCGCGUCCCUGGUGACGUAGAACUUAACGUCCUCGACCAGGAGACGUUGACAAAACUUGAGCAAAAUUUCCAACAUAUUCUCACCACUCGUGAGCAGGUCGACACGUCCAUUGUCGUCACAGAAUGUAAGCCCGGGACACAAGAGGGCGAGUGUCCGGGCGAGUGCACCCCAUCAGGUGUAUGUCAGUGCCCUGCUGGGCUCAUGGGGGCGCGGUGUGACGAGCGAUGUCCCGCGGGUGUGUACGGGCCCUCGUGUAGCAAGGCGUGUGACUGCGACAACGGAGCGUCCUGUGAUCGCGAGAGCGGCGCCUGCAUCUGCCCGCCCGGGGUACAGGGGGACCGAUGCCAGAUUGGAUGCCCAGCGGGAUUCUACGGGACCAACUGCACCAAGUCGUGCCCCAACGAGUGCCCAGGUAAUCGGUGCAACCUGCACUACGGUUUCUGUGAGUGUCCUGCGGGACGGUAUGGCAUCAAGUGCGACCUCAAAUGCCCGCCCAUGUCCUACGGUCCCAACUGCCGGCUGCAGUGCGCCUGCUCCCCUCCCGGCACGGCUGAGUGCAACCCAAUUCGCGGUCAGUGCCGCUGUCACGCGAGCUACGCCGGCGAGCUGUGCGAGCGCUGUGCACCAGACCGCUGGGGGGCGGGCUGCACCAGAGCCUGUCGCUGCCCUCCUCACCUGCCCUACUGCAGCCCUGCUGACGGCUCCUGCUCCCACGAGCCCUGCCAUGCGACCGGAGACUGUAAUUUUUUCACAGGUGACGUUCCUCGAGUUCGCAAUAACCGAGCUGACAUACCCGUCGAGGAGAGUUGAUGUUAGCGCUGCAGCCUUGUUUGCCGAUCACGCCGUAUAACAUUUCCCCUAUUCCUGCAUGAUCACGCGUAUUUUUAAAUGUAACAUCAUCUUAAUAUUGUACUGUGUUACCAGCGCAAAACUUUUUUCAUUACUGCAGCUUGUAAAGUGCAAAACUCGAUUAGUAUGUUUCAUGAGUUAGGAUCCAGAGCGUUUUGAGCGUUCAUAUAGUUCAAUUAUGAUUUUUGUCUAUAAUUGGUUCUGCGCAUACUUCAUAAAUUGUAAAAGGUAAAUAUUUAUUACAUUUUGUCCCUGCAACUUCUAAUUUGCCUUGAAACUCAGAUAGAAGUUAAGUGUACGUAUCCUUCACUCAUUUGAACCAUUUCUUGGCCGUCUGAAGACCGGUUGCGUCAGUGUCCAAUGGGAUCAAUUUGAUAUGUGCAAGAUCGAUAUUUUCUUGAUUACUUGCUUGCAAUUGUUUAUGUCAGCCCCAGUUCAUUAUUUUAAUAAAAAAAUCCCUCCCGGAAAA